CGCAGGGGCUGGCUCUCUGCUGCUGAGUAAAUAGAGGUUCUGCAUAUUAUAUAUGGUCCAUGCUUGUGAACAGCCCUGCAGUAAUGAAUGCAUAUGCACAGGCAUUAGUGAAGGGAAAUCAGUUUAGGGGAGGUGUAUGUGCUUGGUGUCUGACUCUCAAAAGAAUAGUAGAGCGAUUGAGUUAGAAAAUAUUUGUGAAAUAUUUAUCAAUCCUUGGACCUUACGUUUCUAACCCAUUGUGUUUCAUUAUGUAAACCGAUUUUUUGCUCUCUUGAUUUGCAUGUGAAACAGUUUGUUUCUAGAGUCACAAAGGUAAAUUUUAGUUAGUGGUGUUCCUUUCUCUAUAAUUUUCACUUUCUAGGUGGAUAUGCUGGUAUCUAAAAUCUUGUCAUCAAGAACAUGGGUUUUGUUGGACGGCUUACGGCAAUGGAGACCUGCAUGUUCGCUACAUAUACAGAUUUGCUUAUUGCAGCAGCAGGUUAAGAGCUGGCAGAGGAUUCUUUCCACAAGCUGUGCAAAGUGUGCAAAAAAUGAACGGCUGAAACAAAAAAGAGCAAUAUCAGAAAAGAAGCUGACACGAUAUUUUGUAGAUCAUCGAAGAGUGUGUGUGAUUGGAGGCCACGGAGGACAGGGUAUUACGUCUUUUCAUAGUGAGCCUAGAAAAGAGUUUGGAGGUCCUGAUGGUGGAAACGGAGGAGAUGGGGGCCAUGUUAUUUUGAAAGCUGACCAGCAAAUCAAGUCACUGGCUUCAGUCCUCCCAUUGUAUCGAGGUUUUGAUGGAGAAAGAGGGAGAAGCAAAAACUGUUACGGAGCCAAUGGUGGAUACACAUAUAUUAAAGUUCCUGUAGGCACUCUAGUUAAGGAGGAUGGGAAAAUUGUGUCUGAUCUUACUCAGCAUGGUGAAGAAUAUGUUGCCGCUUAUGGAGGAACUGGAGGGAAGGGUAACCAGUUCUUUCUGUCCAAUGAGAAUCGAGCACCAAUGACAGCUACUCUAGGAGAAUCAGGUCAGAAAAGAGUCCUCUAUCUGGAGCUCAAGACUAUGGCACAUGCAGGGCUGGUGGGAUUCCCCAAUGCUGGGAAGUCAUCACUUUUGCGAGCAAUCUCCAAUGCAAAGCCUGCAGUGGCUCCCUACCCGUUCACAACCUUAAAUCCACAUGUAGGCAUUGUUCACUACCAAGACUAUGAACAAGUGGCAGUUGCUGAUGUUCCCGGUAUAAUAAGAGGAGCUCAUCUAAACAGGGGCCUUGGAUUGGCCUUUCUGAAGCACAUAGAACACUGCCGCUUUCUCUUAUUUGUGGUGGAUCUGUCUGUGUCUGAGCCAUGGAUUCAGCUCCAAGACUUAAAAUAUGAACUAGAGCAGUAUGAAGAAGGGUUGUCGAAGAGACCUCAUGCUGUCAUUGGGAAUAAGAUGGAUCUUCCUCAGUCCAAGGCUAACUUAUUACUACUUAAGGAGCGAGUGGAGCAGAGAGUCAUCCCACUAUCUGCAUUGACAGGAGACAAUCUGGAGGAAUUAUUGUUGCACCUAAGAGAUAUGUAUGAUGCUUAUGUAACUACUGAACAAUCACGUAGACAAAACCCAGUCAAAUGGUAGGAACCGGAGCUCCUGUGAACGCUAGGCUGAAUGGAGGAGGAAAACAACAUAGUUUAUCACAGGAUGUUCAACCUGUGGAACUCUUUGCCAGAGGAUGUUUAUCAAGGCCAAGACUAUAA